AUCAUAGCGGCGUACAAUGGGGUCAAGGUCGUAUGUUGUCCCUGGCAAGAGAAAAAAGCUUCAGCAGCAGCCUGUGGUGAGAGACUGCUUCAUCCCACUGAACCCUGUCUGGUUCAGCCAUGGUCUGCUUGAGGAGAUGGACAAAUGUACUCCAUUAGCUUUUCAGCAACCAGAAUUGUCAGUUGUUGGAAGACAUAAUACGUUAGCAUGUAAGAAGCAGGGAUCCAGGUUGCCUGAAAUGAAGCAGAGUGGCGAUGAAGAAGAGACAGGGGCAGUACUGAGACCUGUGGAUCUGCGGUCCAAACGGGAUGUGACAGUGGAGAGGGCCACAUCCAGUGCUGUCGUUAAGUUACCUGGGCUGUGUGGUGUGAAGGUGCAGUGUGUUGAGGAUUGUAGUUUGCAAAGAGACAAGAAAGGUAAGACAAAGUCUGUUGUUCCUGUUAGGCUUUGUGGUAUAGAGAGGUCAGUUAGGGGGAGUUUUCACCAGGGAGACUCCCGGUUUGAAUAUGGAGGUGUUCAGUGUAUGGCUAUUAGUCUAGUAGCUGUCGCCAAACACACUACCCACAGUGUGUUUUCAUGGAAGUCAUGUGACCUUGAUGAGGUAGUAACUUUGGGUGAUGAGUUGUAUUCUUUUCUGAGAAAGAAUAAUAAGAUCAGUGGAGGAUCUGAGUUUCUAUGUGUUCCAGAUUUACCCAAGCAGCAGGUGAUUAAUGGAAAGAGUUUUGAGUUAGAAUUUGGUGAUUUUGUGACUGGUGAUGUAAAUGUGGUUAGUGGAGAGCUUGUUGAUGCAGGAGUGUUGACUCCUUUAAAGGAUGGUUUGGCCCAGAUUUGUGGAAAGUAUGACACUUGCUUUAUGACACUGAAUAGCAAUACUUGUGCAAUAAUUAAGCAAAAUGGAAUGUAUGCAGUGGUAGAUAGUCAUGCUCGUAAUGCAGAUGGGAUGGUUGAUGGAAAUGGAUUUAGUGUUGUAGUGGUGUACAGGUGUCUUGAUGUUGUGUGGGAGCAUUUUUUGAAGUGUGCAAAUAUGAUGAACAAAAGGGAGAACCUUUUUGAGAUAGCAGGUGUGCGCGUCAUUCCCACAACUCCCUCUGUCAAUUCUCCAUUGGUGUUUGGAUCUUCAGUCAUACACAAUGAGAAAGGAAUAUCUUCCACUACUGAUUUUGUAGAGGAUGUGUAUAUCAGUAAUGUUACAGAAAAAGAACAACAAUUUCUUCCUUUGAGGGAGAAUGUAGCACAACUGUUGUGUAGACAGUUAAAUAUUGAAAUAGAAAAGGUUGAUGCACUAUCUACUGAAGUUGGCGUUUUAGGUAAGCCUUGUAGAAAUGAGAAAGUAGUUGAUGAUGGGAAUAGUUUUUUCAGAGCAGUCAGUCAGGUUGUCAGUGGUACGCAGAAGUAUCACAGGAAGAUUAGACUUGCAGUUGUGAAGCAGAUAGAAAGAAAUGCAGUGUUGUACAAGGGUCUUCUGAGAAGUGAGUAUUCCUCUGUUGCAGAAUAUUUGACAAAUGCAAGAAUGCGUUAUGUUGGUAGUUGGGCUACAGAAGUGGAGAUUCAAGCUGCUGCAGACUGUUUAGAAAUGAGUAUAUUUAUAUAUCAUCAGGAUCGCUGGAUUGAAUAUAGUUGUCGUGCGAGGCAGUGUUUCAAUCAGGCACUGUAUUUAGAAUAUGUUAAUGGAAAGCAUUAUGAAAAUGUAACAUGUGUUCAUAUGCCACAGACUCAGAAGUGUUAUGGCUAUUGUGCAGUAUACACAACGUCAUCAGGGUACAACAUCAGACGACAGAGUACGGCAGAGCGCAGUGUGGUUGAUUCAAAGUGUUUGAGUUCAGUUGUCAGUAGUGUGCGCGUCAUUCCCACAGCUCCCAGGGAUAACUCCACAGUGCUGUUUGGAUCUUCUGUAAAACAGACAGAGCAAAGAACAUUGUCCUGUACUGAUGUUCCAGAUGUUGUCUUUAUCAGUGAUGUCAGACAAAAAGAACAAGAAUUUCAUCCUUUGAGGGAGAAUGUUGCACAAGUGCUGUGUAAACAGUUAAGUAUUGAAUUAGAAAAGGGUGAUGCAAUAUCUACCCAGGUUGGACUUUUAGGUAAGCCUUGUCAAAAUGAGAAAGUAGUUGAUGAUGGGAAUUGUUUCUUCAGAGCAGUUAGUCAAGCUGUCAGUGGUACGCAGAAGUAUCACAGGAAGAUUAGACUUGCUGUGGUAAAGCAGAUAGAAAGAAAUACAGUGUUGUAUCAGAGUCUUCUGAGAAGUGAGUAUUCCUCAGUAGGUGAAUACUUGAGCACUUCAAAAAUGCAUUAUGUUGGUAGUUGGGCUACAGAAGUGGAGAUUCAAGCUGCUGCAGACUGUUUAAGAAUGAGUAUAUUUACAUAUUAUAAGGAUUGCUGGAUUGAAUAUAUGUGUAGUGGGAAGCAGUUGUCCAAUGAAGCAUUGUAUUUAGAAAAUGUAAAUGGCAAGCAUUAUGAAAAUGUAGUGUGCGUUCAUCUGCCACACACUCAGAAGUGUUAUGGCUAUUGUGAAGUAUAUACAACAGCAUCAGGGUACAAUAUGAGACAACAGUGUACGCGAGAGAGCAGUGUAGUAGUUUCAAAGGGUGUGACUUUCGUUGUAAGUAGUCAAGUAGAAGUUGAAGAUGUGGACAGAGGAAAGCGUAGUGAUGCUGUUUGUCUGUCCAGUUAUUUAAAAAGCAAGUAUAAGAAGCAUAAAAGAAUCAAUUAUCAGGAAGAUGUAUUGUUGAAGCAGAAAUGUAGUAAAAAAAACAAAAUAUCCUAUUAUUUAAAUCGAGACCAUGUGCAGACUAAGAAUAAGCAUAAAUAUCAUGUAGAUAGAAUUUAUCAGGAAAAACAAAAAGAAAGGAGUAAUGCAAGAGGUGUUCGGAAAUAUAAGGAGGAUGUCUUACAUAGACAGAGUGAACAGAAAAAGAGUAUAAGAAAAUAUAAAGAGAACAUUGUACACAGAGAGGAGGUACAGAAACGGAGUAUAAGGAAAUAUAAAGACAAUGUUUUACACAGAGAGGAGGUACAGAAACGGAGUAUAAGGAAAUAUAAGGAAGAUGUUUUGCAUCGAGAGAAAGUGAAGAAGAUGAGUAAAAGUAAAUAUACAUCUCAGCUUCUGCACAGGCAGAACGUCAAGGCUUAUAGCAAAGCUAAGUAUAAAGGCAGUUUUGAGCAUCGAAAGCGUGUUGGAGAUGCAAACAGGUUGAAAAGGCAAGAAAUGAAAGAAAAAUCCAAAGAGUUGGAGUUUGUCAUGAAAGGUUUUUUAGAGAAGGUCAAGGACGGCCCAGAAUUUGUUUGCUGUGUUUGUCAAAGAUUGUUGUUUAAAAAUCAAGUGUUAGGUGGCAAAGUAGAUGAUUACUUGAAAAGAAAAGCAUUUGCUUCAGUAGCACAGAAGUGUAUUAGUGAGGAGUAUUUACACAAAUGUAGUGGAAAGUGUGAAUUGUCGUGUAAGUAUAUAGAAACAGGAAGAGGUCAACUUUGGAUUUGUUAUAGUUGUCAUAAUAAAAUGAAUAAAGGUGAGGUUCCACCUGAGAGUAUAAUGAAUAAUCUAGAACUGGAGCCUAUUCCAGCAGAAUUAGCUUGUUUGAAUAGUUUAGAACAGCAUUUGAUCGCGUUACAUAUUCCAUUCAUGAAGAUAUUAGCGUUGCCUAAAGGUGGGCAAAAUGGAGUUCAUGGUCCUGUUACUUGUGUUCCUGCUAAUAUUGUGCAGACUGAUAACUUACUUCCUCGUAGUCAAAUGGAAGGUUCUUUAAUAGGAGUUAAGUUGAAGCGAAAAUUGACAUAUAAAGGACAUUAUGAAUAUAAAUUUGUUGAUAGUGUGCGUGUUAGACACGCGUUGCAGUAUCUUAAACAUAAUAAUAAGUAUUACAAAGACAUAGAAUUUAAUAAGGAAUGGCUUAACACAUUUUGUAAGGAAACAGAAGUGAAAAUUGCAGGGGAUGAAGGUGAUGGGCGUGUAGAAAGUCAAGAAGCAUCUCCAGAUUUGGUUGAAGAUGAGCUGUUGCAUGACAGGCAACAACACUGUAUGUUUCAAGACACUUGUCUCAUGCCAGUAGACAUUGGUCAGGAAGUGCUAGAUCAGUAUGUUGAUAAUGUUUUAAAUGUAGCUCCAGGUGAGGGAAACAACCCAGUGAAAUUGCUGUCAGAUAUGACAAAUGAAGCAAAGUGCUUUCCAGUAUUAUUUCCUCGGGGAAUGAACACAUUUCAUGAAUGUAGGCAGCAGAGAUUAACAUUGGCACGUUAUUUUAACAACAGAAUUUUGCACGCUGAUGGUAGAUUUGCACGUAAUGUAGAAUACAUAUUCUAUGCUCAGUACAUGUCCGAGUUACAACAAGUUAUUUCAAAUGUGUCAAUAGCAUUAAGAAAAGGAAAGGGGAGGUCAGAUUUCCAAAGAGUUGAUGUUAACAUUUUAAAUGAUGAUGCAUUUUUCCAAAAUCUGUUAGAGUUUGACAAUGGGUAUCGUUUUCUGAAACCUAUUAGAGGGACUCCUGCAUUCUGGCAGGCAGCACAGAGUGAUUUGUUGGCGUGUGUUCGACAGCUGGGCGUUCCUACUUGGUUUUGUUCAUUUUCCUCUGCUGACAUGCGUUGGCAAAAUCUUGUUGGUAGCAUUUUAAUGCAGGAAGGUCGAACAGAAACACUGGAACAGUUAGAGUGGGCUGAGAGGUGUGAGCUUUUGCGUGACAAUCCUGUGACUGCAGCAAGAAUGUUUGAUUUCCGUUGGCAUUGUUUCUUAAGGGAGGUUCUCAUGUCUCCAGCAGAACCAAUAGGGAAAAUCAAAGACUACUUUUACCGCAUAGAAUUUCAACAGCGUGGUUCUCCUCAUGUUCAUUGUUUGUUCUGGAUAGAGAAUGCCCCAAUGAUUGAUAAAAACACAGAUGAAGAGGUUGUGGCAUUUAUUGACAAGUAUGUCACUUGUGAGCUGCCAACAGAUGACAAAGAGUUAUUAGACAUAGUGACAAAUGUACAGCAACAUUCAAAACGACAUACAAAAACUUGUCGAAAGAAGAACACAGUGUGUCGUUUUAAUUUUCCCAGACCACCAUCAUACAGAACAUUUAUAUGCCAUGACAAAAGAGUUGAAAAUAAGGAAAUGUGCAGGUGUGACAUGAAAAAGAUAGAUGAUAAAACACCCUGUGAGUGUAAAAAAGACAAAGUUUCCAAAGAGAAAGCAGCAACAAUCCUGGGCUCAGUAAAAAAGGCGCUUUCCGAUGAGACCAAAAUGUUUGAAAGUGUGGAGCAUUUGUUUCAGAGUGUAGGUGUCAGUCAGAAAGGUUUUGAGGAGGCCUAUAAAUGCUGUGCUCGAGGUACACAAAUAGUAAUGAAAAGACAGAUGAAUGAAGUUUGGAUCAAUCAGUACAGUAAGGCACUUUUAAAAUGCUGGAAUGCUAACAUGGACAUCCAGUUUGUUGCAGAUGCGUAUGCAUGUGUGGUUUACAUCAUUUCUUAUAUCUCAAAAGCAGAGAGAGAAAUGGGAUUGUUGUUGGGGAAUGCACAAAGAGAAGCAGCUGGAGGCAAUGUGAGUGCAAAAGAAGCCUUAAAGAACCUCGGCAGUGUUUACCUGCACAACAGAGAUGUGUGUGCUCAGGAGGCUGUUUACAGGUUGACACCAAAUUUGCAUCUGAAGGAAUGUUCAAGGAAGGUUGUGUUUGUUCCGACAGGGGAUAAUGUGGUCAAAAUGAGUCUGCCUUUAAGUGUAUUAAAGAAAAAGGCUGCAUCACAUGAUCUUACCUCUGAAAACAUGUGGAUGACUAGUUUGGUUGAGCGUUACAAGAAUAGGCCAGAUGAUGCUGUCUUUACUGACAUGUGUCUGGCAAAGUUUGUUUCCGAAUAUCGUAUUCUGAGCAAGAACGAGAAAUCGCAAAUACAGAUAAGAUUGAAAAAUGAUUGUGGAUUUGUGACGAAAAGAAAUAGAACGCAGCCUGCUGUUGUUCGGUACAUGCGCGUUUCAGAAACCAAAAAUCCAGAAAUAUUUUAUCGUAGUAUCAUGCAGUUGUUCCUUCCUUAUCGUGCAGAUGUGGAGUUGAAACCAUCCAAAUGUGAAACUUUUGAACAGUUUUACAAGAAUGGGCAGGUAAGGUUUUUUGAUGGGUCCAGACACACAGUGAAGGUAGUUGUCGACAGCAAUAGAAGCACAUUUGAAUUUGAAGCAGAGAAGCUGGAUGACAUUCAAAAGUCCAUUGAAAACAACGGUGCAUUGGAAGAUGCCUGGUGUGAGUUGUGUCCUGAGCAGGAAUUAGAGCGUUUAGAGACUCUGCAGAUGAGGACUGAAGAGGAACACCCAGAUGUGGAACAUGUAGAAUGCAUUCCUGAUUUAGCAGUCAAUUGUCGACAAGUGUCCAAUUUAGAAAAGAGAAACAUCUUGUCGAGAAAAGAGGGUUUGGCAUUGAUUAGAUGUUUGAAUGAUGCGCAACGUUGUAUUUUUUAUCAUAUUAGACAAUGGUGCAUUCAAAAAGUAUUAGGGGAAAAACCGGCGCCAUUGCAUGUGUUUAUUACGGGUGGUGCUGGUACUGGAAAAAGCCAUUUAAUCAAGGCCAUCCAGUAUGAGGCAACAAGAUUGUUGUCUACUAUAUGUACCCAGCCUGAUAGUUUGUGUGUUUUAUUGACAGCUCCGACAGGUAUUGCUGCUUUUAAUAUUCAGGCAUCAACAAUCCAUACGACUUUCCACAUUGGAAAGGAUGUACGCUUACCGUAUACUCCUUUGGGUGAAGAGAAGUUAAAUUCUCUCCGUGCAAAAUACAAGGAUCUGAAGAUGUUAAUCAUUGAUGAGAUCUCCAUGGUUGAUCACAGGUUGUUAACAUAUAUUCAUGGGAGACUGAGACAAAUUAAACAAAGUGGUGAUUUUGCCCCAUUUGGAAAUGUUAGUGUCCUUGCUGUAGGGGACUUUUACCAGCUGUCUCCUGUUCAAGGUAAACCCCUGUAUGUUACCGAUGCAGGUGUGAACUUAUGGUCCAAUUUAUUUAAGGUUGUGGAACUGAACACUGUUGUCAGGCAGCAAGAUCAGUUGUUUGCGGAGUUAUUGAACAGAAUCAGAACUCGGUCUAAAGGAACUCCUAUGCUAGUCAGUGAUAUUGAGAGCCUUAAGCAUUGUGAAAGUGGUGAAGACAGCGCAGCGUUGCAUAUCUUUGCAACAAAUAAACAAGUUAAUCAACACAAUAUUCAAGUGUUACUCAGGACUUGCCCUGAAUAUGUUAAAAUAGAAGCACAAGAUUUUGUUCAUAACAAGAAAACCGGGAGGCUUGAGUUGAUUAGUGGACAUCAUGCAAAUGUAUAUAAGACAUGUUUGGAGGACAGUCUACUAUUGGGAAUCAAUGCACGUGUUAUGUUAUGCAAGAAUGUGGAUGUGGUGGAUGGUCUGGUAAAUGGGGUGUGUGGCACUGUGACACAUAUUGUGUCCUCUGAAAAUAAGUUUCCUCAAAGGGUGUAUGUGAAGUUUGAUAAAGAUGAGGUUGGCUCACAGAGGAGGAAACAAUCAUCUACGGCUUCUGUUGAUUUGAGGGCUUCUACAUACAUUGAGCCAGAAGAGGAAAAGGUCACCAAUAAAGGUGGAGUACGUCGACAAUUUCCAUUGAAACUAGCUUGGGCGUGUACAGUCCAUAAAGUACAGGGCCUCACAGUAGACAGUGCUGUGGUGUCUUUGAAGAAGAUAUUUUCAGCAGGACAAGCAUAUGUAGCUUUAAGCCGCGUGAGAACUGUGUCAGGAUUAAUUAUUCAAGACUUUGCAGAGGAACGCAUUUACUGUAAAGACAAUAUUAAGGAGGCAAUUCAGAGGAUGGCUCCUUUAUUUGUGGAACCAGCACCAAGCCAACCACAUAGUUUCUCGGUGUUUUUGAUGAAUGUGCAAGGCCUGACUGAGCAUGUGGCAGAUUUAAGUAUGUGCACACAGCACUUACAGCCUAACUGUCUUGCUGUAACAGAAACAUGGCUGCCAGACCUUCCAGCAUCUGAGAUCAUAAAGAUUGAUGGCUAUAGUUUUCACAGCUGUCCACGAAGUUCGUCAUACUCUGGCAACAAUUCAGUGUCAAAAAAAUUGCAAUCCCAACAACAUGGAGGUGUUGGCGUAUUUAGUGCAAACAAUGUCACAUUUGACAUAAUUGAAGUACCACAUUUCAAUUUGGAGUGUGCAGUUAGCAAAUAUGUUCAUCAUGAUAUAUUAGUUGUUGUCAUGUAUCGGCCUCCCUCUUAUCCCUUGUGUUUGUUUAAAGAGCAUCUGAGCAAGUUAUUGGAUUGGUUGGAUCCACAAUGUAAGACCAUUGCUGUCAUGGGAGAUUUUAAUGAUGACAUUCUAAAGUCCUCGAGUGUGUGUAAAUGUGUUGAAGAUAGGGGUUAUGUUCAACUAGUGACCAAGGCCACAACAGAAAGAGGCACAUUGAUUGACCAUGUGUAUGUAAAAACAACACGGUAUGAGGUUGAAUCAUCAGUAGUACCUACCUACUUUGGUGACCAUGAGGGCAUUGUUAGUCAUUUUAGGGACAAAAAAGAAAUGAAGUAAUGAAAUAUAGAAAUAAGAAAGUAAAAAUACAUAUAAAUAAGAACAUAUAUAGUAGUUGGAUAACAGAAGGUUCUUUUUACUACAUUACA